AUGGCUUGGAAAGCUUCGUCUCGAGCCCUGCCCGCCAGCUUUGACAGUAGAUCAAAUGCAUUCAUCAAUGGAACAGUCAACUAUGGAUCCACAAACAUCAUUGAGCAGUAUGAAAGUAAUGUAUUUCAACUGUUCAAGAAGUGGUGGCAGCAAUUUAAUUCUGGAAUAGGAGUUUGCUGUAACUGCUUGGAUCAUAAGUUAUUGAGAAUCUGUAUGACAUGUAAGAAGAAAAAAGAUUUGAAGGACGUUGACAUUUUGAAGUAUGCUCAUUGUCAGAAGUGUCAAGAUAGGUAUAGGUUUGACAAGGGAAGUGAGGAAGAGCAGGAGAAAUAUCGUGGCUAUUUGAAGGAUGAGAACAAACCUAUAGAAUGUCGAAUCUGCCACAACGCCACCACCAAUCCAUUUUUCGAUUUUACCUGGUUCGAACUAAACACUCUUCAUCUCAAUCUCGACACUUUCAAUUUCUGUGCGGAUUGCAUUCUGGAUGACCACGCCGAUCAUGAGACAGCAAAAAUGUCAAAUAACACGAGUCAAUCAAAACUAUCAAUGCGAAUUUUGACUGUACAAAUACUAGAAAAACUUCUAGAAAGGAAGUUGGAAGUAGAUGAAGAUCAGUUGAAAUGCAAAUUGAGGCAUAUGAGAAUGAUAAUGACAAAAAGCAAAAACACCUCGAAAACUCCAGAAGACUACAUCGAAAGAAUAAUUUCAAAUCUGGAAACCCAAUACCAUCAAUAUCAAGACCUGGAAUCCACGUGUCAUUGUGUAGAAGUUUGGAAGGAUGUCGUGAAGCUUAACAUACUUGAUUUUUUCGAAAGAAAUCCUCAUUUUUAUACUAUGGUUGAGAAGACUGAUCUGGAAGAGACUUUGAAUGGAUGCCCAUUGGAAUUUGAAUCAAGUAAAACUGAAAAGGAAUUGCUGUUAGAAAUUAUAAGAAAAGGGGAGAAGGUGAAUGACAAAGCCACAUAA